CAACUAAAUAGCAUUAUACGCCAAAAGAUACACAAAACACAUCAGGGAAUAACAAAAUACUAAAAUUAUACUAAAUAAAUAUAAUUGUUGAAAAUACAUCACAAAUACAGUCCAAUCAUGGUAAAAAAUCAAGCAAAAGAAACUGGUUUCGUGGUGGAGAAAAUUAUGGAUAAGCGCAUAACGCCAGAAGGUAAAGUCGAGUACUUUAUCAAGUGGCGCGGCUAUCCAAAUUCGGACAAUACAUGGGAGCCUGAAGAGAACUGUGAUUGCCCCUCAAUCAUACAAAAAUUUGAGGAAUCUCGGGCCAAGUCCAAAAAACGGGGCGAAAAGAAACCCAAAAUGGAAGAAAUACAAAAGCUGAGAGGCUAUGAUCGUGGUCUACCUAUUGAACAGAUUGUUGGUGCAACGGAUGCCAACGGGCAAAUUUCCUAUUUGGUAAAGUGGCAAUUUUGUGAUGAAUUCGAUUUGGUAUACGGCGAAGAGCUGAAGCAAAAGAAUCCGGAAUUCAUUAUAGAUUUCUAUGAGAAACGUUCCAUAUAUCAGCGGAAUAUAAAUGAUCGUCUAUUGGGUGUACCGGAUGAGUUGAGAAUAUUAAAUGCGGAUGGUGGUCACCAUAUGAGUGUGAAUAUUAGUAUUGCGGGAAACAGUUCAGUGGCAAAGCUGAGUAGUGAUGUUCCAAUGGCAGACGACCUAAACGAAAGUGGUGGCAGUUUAGAUAGCAAUGCCGUGUCUUAUUCCAUUCCAGUACCAGGAGUUGGUAAUAUUGCUAUAGAUGUACCCAUGAUGGAUCCGAAUGUAUAAACAUGAAUUAUAAAUGUUAGAUUAUAAAUUUGAGGAUGCAUGUAUUCCUAUAGCAUCUUUUUUGAGGAAAUAAAUUUGUAUUUACAUUCUAA